UUCGGAAGAGUUUGUUUUGACGAAAGUUGGAAGUGAGGAGUUUUGGAACUUGAGUCCCUGUGUUCGCGGUCUGAAAAGGAUUAUAACGAUCUCUUUGUUUUUAACCGGGGAGCGGUGGUGGUCGCUUUUGGUUUUGAGUUCAGUUUGGAGUAUUAACCGGAGGAAUUUAAUUUGGCCAUCUACCAUGCUUCUGUGUGUUUUCUUCUUGGUUCUGUCAGUGCCAUUCGCCACAGCUGUAAAACAAAGAAUAUGUGGCAUCGUUGGUCAAGCAGUUUUUCUGAAUCCUGGCUACCUUGGUGACAUCAGUAAGAAUGAAACUUUAUGGAUCUUCAUUCACGGCAACAAAAAUUCUGUCAAUAUUUUGGAUUAUUACCCGGGAAGAUCUACAGAGUAUCCAAAUGGACAAUUCAAUUCCCGUUUACAAUAUAAUGCUUCUAGUGGCGGCAUGCGGGUGCUGGACUUAAGACCUGAAGAUCAAGGGAAUUUUAUCUUUCGUGUGAAUGGGAAAGAUAAAAGCACAGUGAACUUGAUUGUUAACAGUAAACUGACAAACAACCUGACAAGGAGCAAUUCCAACAUCGCUAGUUCCACUAUCCAGUUGAGCUGUGAGAUCGCUAGAUGUAUUCUUGAGUACCAAUGGCAGAAAGAUGGAAAAGAAAUACCCCAACGUUACCAGCUAGUGGAUAAUAACAGAAGACUUGUUAUCCCAAGCGCUUUGAAAAAUGACUGUGGAACAUAUACUUGUAUUGCAAAUUCAACUGACCGCAUUGUCCAGGAAAAAUAUACACUGAUUAUAUAUGGCUUUAUCUGGGCAGAUUAUUUAAUUGUUGGUGCAGCAAUCAUAGGACUGGUGGUAUCUUCAAUUUCUCAUGUUGCAUGGUGGAUUCUGCAAAAGAAACAACGAAAUCAAGUGUUCCAGCGCCUGCUCCAUCCCCUGAUUAUUUGUAUUUUUCUGACUCUUGUUACCACCAUCAUUGUCCUCAUUUUCUGGAUUGGUAUUAAAGGUGCUGACUUUCUAGUUGUGGUUGCCUUGACAACCAUCUCCUCCUGGUUUUUGAUCAGGUUUGCCUGUUGUGUUAAUCUGAAGUUAAGCUGCUUGUUUGCUCAACAGCAACAAAAGGAAGGUUUGCAAUCUUUGGUUGGCUUAGACACCACUGUUGUGAUCCCCAUUUCACUUGUCAUCUUAAAAAAAGAGAUUCAGCAAAGCGGUCAAGGUUGUUACACCAGUGAUUUAACCUGGACCAUCACUGUUUCCUUUCUCUGCUGCUGUGUCAUCAUUGGUUGUGGCUGCCUUCCAUUAUGUCGCAGCAUAAGGAACAAUGAAAGCAACAUGGCUGAUGCUGAAAGACUGGGGGAUAACGGAGCAUUGCAAAGCUAGCAUUGUACAGAUUCCUGCAUUUAUCUCCAAUCUUUGAAAUUGGCAUGAAAGACCGACAUUGAAAAGCUGCUUGCUCAUCACACAGAGGAACACCUUUAGUAACAGACUGAUUCCAC